AAUAUGUCGUUGCAAUUUAGCCCAACAAUAAAUGCUAUAUUGAGUGGCUUCUAAAGAACAGGAUUAUCUUAAGGAUAAGCUUAUUAAAAAGAAUAAUUCUUUUCAGCACUUGACAAACUUGUAAGUUUGAUGAUUUAUAGUAUAGAGUGGAUAAUUAUAUGAUCGUGAUGUAGCUUAACAAUUGUUUGAAUAAUGUUAACCUAAUCAAAGGGGUCAAGUUUAAUUGGAGGAUUUUGCAUAAGUUAUAAUGGAAGCAGAUAAAGUGCUGAAGAAAAAAAUAAAUUAAACAGAAUAACAAAUCUAAUUAUAUAAAGAUGAAUUAAAAGAAUGUUAACAAUAGGCAUAAGAAUUAUAAUGUAAUAGAUAUAAAUAAAUAAAGAUAAUUAAAAACUAAAUCCAUAAGGAGUAGACAGAGAUUCAUAAUUAAUAAUAGUAAUAAAAUAAGCUCAUAAUAUUCAAUAUUCAAAUUAUCAAUGUAGUUUUAUCAUAGUAUCUCUGGAUGGUACAGAAAUUUAAAGUUAAAUGUCUUCUGGAGAUAAAUAUAAUCCAAUUUUUAACUAAUAACUAAAUUUGUAUAUUUUAAUUUAAUAAAAAGUCUAAUUUAAACUGGUUCUGAAGAGAUUUUAAUAAAGUUAUUUGUUUAGGAUAAAAAUUAAGGAAUAAUAUUAAUAGGCUAAAGUCAUUUAGAUUUAGGAGAAAUGCAUGAUUAAUAAGUACAUUCCUAGUAGUUGUAAUUAGUUAAUGAGAGAUAACAAUAAUUAUAAACAUUUUUAUAAAUAGAAUCUUAAUGGAUUCAUAAUAAAGUAUUAGAUUAUGAUUAAUUUUAAGUUGAAAUAUCAUUAAGAAUUGAUACUUAAAUAUGAAUAGACAAUUUAAUAAAGUUUAAGUGAUAUAGAUGAUUAUCAUAGAGAUUUAUUAACAAUUCAAUAACCAUUUUUAGAAAACAAUAUGAGAAAUAACUUAUAAUAAUCAUUAAAAUAACCUUAGAUUUAGUCGUUAACAUAAUAAAAUUAAGCAUUUACUUAUUAAUAAUAAUAAAAUUAUGUAUAAUAAUAGAAACCAUUUUAUAUAUAAUAAUAAUAGUAAUAAAAUAUUUAAAUUAAUUAACCUGAUCCUAAUUAAAUUGAAGAUCAAUUAUCAGAUGAAUUAUAUUAUGGGUUUAUUUUAUAUAUGAUGAUGUUGGUUUUAACAUUAUUUUAAUGUUUUGCUCGUCCAGAUUAUUUGAAUGUAAAAAUAUCAAUAUAAUAAGUUAAUCCUAGCAAUGUUGUAUUUGAUAAUAGUAAUUAGAGAUUGUUUUGAACCUACAUAUAUAAAAAUCUUGAUUGUUUUAACUGUAUUAAGUGUAGUUUAUGAUAUUGUAUGGAUUAGUAUUUAUAAAGUAUCAAAUAAUUAAAUAUUAGAAUUGGUGGAGUGGAACUGAUAAGACUUUACCAACUUGGGGAGAGGCAGGUGAUCCUAUUGUUAGAAUGACAAUAGUUUUUUGUGUUUUUAACAUAAUUUUAAAGGUUAAAUUACAUAAUAUUAUAAGACUGCUUUGUGCUAUAUAUUGUUCCAUUAUUACAAAGAAUCUUAAGCUAAUAAAAUAAUAGUAUUUAAAUUUUGGUAAUUUGAAUUUCAAGUUGGAUUGCAUAAACAAAAUUUAUUUAUAAAUAAAGGACUUUUGGUAUGAUUGUAAAAUUAAAAUGUUUUUUGAUAAUUUAUUAUAACUUUGGUAUAAAUAUGUAAUGUUUGUCUUUUAGGAAAUCAUUUUCAUACAUCAAAGAAUAAAUAAUAUUUCAAAAUCAAUUAUUAAUGUUUUUAAUAUAUUUGCCACCUGUUUUAUUCUCAAUAUUUUUUAUUGGGAUGUGCUCAUUCUAUUAUAUUGUAUGUAUAUUAUCUUAUAGACAUACUUGUCAAUGCAAGUAGUGUGCAUAUAGUUUAUAGUUGGAUUUGUUAUCCUCUUUAUUGUAUUGAGUGCAAUCUAAGUAAUUCGUUUUGGUCCAGGAUUUAUUGAUAAAGUAAAUAUUGAUUAAAAUCGAGAGCGUACGAGAAAAAUUAGAUACAAAGUUACUAAAUGAACUUUAAGAAGAACUCAAAUUAUUAAUGAUGAAUGAAGAUAGAUUGUUUUAAAUUUUAGAUUAGAAUUAAUGUACAUAAGAAAUAACAGAGGAAUAAUUGAUACAUAUACUUAACAUAAAGGUUUAAGAGAGUAAUGGUAUUACAAUAUGCAAAAUUUGUUAAUCAUAUAAACCAUCAAGAGCGCAUCAUUGUAGUUAAUGCAAAUAAUGUGUAUUUAGAAUGGAUCAUCAUUGUAUGUGGCUCAAUAUUUGUAUAGGCUUAAAAAACUACAAAUACUUUUUUAUGUUGAUAUUCUAUAUAAGUAAUCAUCAUCAUAUCAUUGUUUUAGAUUUAUGUUUAAUAAUAGUUUUAAUUACAUAUUUCUAAACCUAUACAUAAGCUAUUCAUUAGAGUGAUACUCAAUUAUUAGCCAAAUUUACAUAUUAUCACUCUAUUUUUCUAUUGUUUCUUUUAUUUUUCCCAUUUUUCUUAAAUCAUUUAAGGUAUAUUUUAACCAAUUUUUUUAGAUUAGCAAUCAAUAAUUAAACAACUAUAGAGUACUAUAAGUUUAAAUUAAAGACCAAUCCUUUUUUCAUUAGUUAUUGGGAAAAUUUAAAAGAAAUCUUAGGAUCUGAAUGGUAUUAUUGGUUAUUACCAAUUUGA